AGAUCAAGCUGGAUAGGAUGUUUGGUACCCACCAUCAGCCGUGGUACCACGGCAAUAUCACCCGGUCCACUGCUGAGGACCUGCUUUCCAAAGCGGCAAAAGAUGGCAGCUUCCUGCUCAGAGAUAGCGAAUCAAUCCAAGGGGCAUAUGCCUUAUGUGUCCUAUUCCAGAACUGUGUUUACACCUAUAGAAUAUUACCCAACGAAGAGAAGAAGCUCUCUGUUCAGGCAUCUGAGGGCGUGCCCAUCCGUUUUUUCGUGGCACUACCCGACCUUGUGGAAGCAUAUUAUAAAGAAAACAUGGGCUUAGUUACGCACCUUCAAUACCCCGUGCAGAAGGAGGAGGAACCAGAAGAGGAACCAGAACCAAGUAGCUUACCUCCUCAACUUCCACCAAGAAACGUCCUUCAGUCGUCAGGCAACGAAAGCAAAGAUACUCACGCUGAUGCAGUUAGAGGCUAUGAGCUUACACGCCUGUCUAUCUCAGACAACCUUCUAAGCCGUCUGCAGCAUGUUGACAUGUCAAAUGUUCCAGAUGAACAUCAGAAACUGAUCCAGGAGUAUGUCCGUUCCUCUGUGGUAAUGGAUGCAGAGCAGGUACAGAAUGGGAACCCCACCCUGCCCCAUUUUAGGAAGCUGACCACAAACAUCUGCAAGAGCCUAAACAGUGAAAUUGCUCGUACACUCCCAACACUGGAAGCACUCCUGAAGGUUCUAGACCAGCCUCUCUCCCCUGGAGUUGGAAGACUUCGGAGUCAGAUUUCAGCUGAUGCUGGACAGUCUGUACCCUUCAGACUUGAGCAACUUACCAAGCUGCUCUACUCAAUAGAGGACAAGACCAAGAAUAUUGUGUUUGAUUCUGUUGGAUUUGACGGAGGCCACAGAAAGUCACUCAUACCCCCAGUUACAUUUGAAGUCAAAACAGAUUCUUUGGGAAUUUCAACAAAAUACCUCAAGGUGGAUGUGGAAAGUGGGAAGGUGUACUUUAAGAAAUCCAAGGAUGGACCUGAGGACAAAUAUUUUGUUCACGAUAAAAUCUUGCAACUGGUGAAGUCGCAAAAGAUGCACACCAAGCUUGUGGUCAUCGUGGAGACAGAGAAGGAGAAGACACAGAGAAAAGAGUUUAUUUUUGAAGACACAAAGAAGCGGGAAGGAUUCUGUCAGCUGUUACAGCAGAUGAAGAACAAACAUUCAGGCAAACCUGAACCAGACAUGAUCACAAUCUUUGUUGGCACAUGGAAUAUGGGAAAUGCUAGCCCUCCCCAGAACAUCACAUCCUGGUUUCAGUCGAAAGGUCAGGGUAAAACUCGAGAUGACACAGCCAAUCAGAUUCCUCACGAUAUCUACGUCAUCGGAACACAGGAGGACCCCCAGGGAGAGAAGGAGUGGAUUGAUACUGUCAAAGCUGCACUGAGAGACAUUACUAACAUAAGCUUUAAACAGAUUGCCACUCAGACUCUGUGGAGUAUCCGUAUUGUGGUUCUGGCCAAGCCUGAGCAUGAGAAUCGCAUCUCACACAUAUUCUGUGACAGUGUGAAGACCGGCAUUGCCAACCGCCUGGGUAAUAAAGGGGCGGUGGGAGUGUCCUUCAUGUUUAAUGGCACUUCAUUUGGUUUUGUCAACAGUCAUUUGACGUCGGGGAGUGAGAAAAAACUCAGACGGAAUCAGAACUACGUCAGUAUUUUACGUUUCUUGAAUUUGGGGGACAAGAAGUUAAACCCUUUUGACAUCACAAAUCGAUUCACUCAUCUGUUCUGGCUGGGAGAUUUGAACUAUCGCAUUGAACUUCCGUCAUCGGAAGCAGAGAACAUUGUCACGAAGAUCAAACACCAGCAGUACCAGGAGCUACUAGGCCGGGACCAGCUCACCAUGGAGAGGGCCGAGGGGAAGGUCUUCCUGCAUUAUGAGGAAGAGGAGAUAACAUUUGCCCCCACGUAUCGUUUUGAGAGAGACACACGGGAGAAAUAUGUCUACACGAAAGCCAAAGCUACGGGGACCAAAUACAACCUUCCGUCAUGGUGUGACCGUGUGCUGCGAAAGUCUUACCCUCUAGUACAUGUGGUCUGCCAGUCAUAUGGGUGCACGAAUGAUAUUAUGACAAGCGACCACUCCCCAGUAUUUGCAACAUUUGACGUUGGUGUGACUUCACAGUUUGUCUCAAAGAAUGAUCCCACAGGUGAAUCUCAGGGAGUGAUUAAGUUCAUGAAUUGUGUGGCAACUCUAAUGACUAAAGCAAAGACCAAGUUCUUUAUCGAGUACCACUCAAGCUGUUUGGAAAAGUUUGUGAAAAGCCCUGAAGGCGAGAAUCAGGAGAAUCCAGAAGGCUCAAUAAAAGUUCGCUUUGGGACGCAAGUUGAGCUUACACCCAUCAUCUCUGAUCCGGAAUAUUUGCUGGAUCAGCACAUUCUCAUUUGUGUAAAGUCCACAGACUGUGAUGAAUCUUAUGGUGAAGGCUGUGUGGCUCUGCGGGCUGCAGAGCGCAGUCAUACCGACUUUCAGAUCGCACUUACUCAUCACGGAGAAUUGACAGGCAACUUGAGUGGCAGCAUCCAGUUACGCACUUCUGAGGGCAAACAAACGGAAAAAUUAUACGAUUUCAUCAAAGUGGAGAGGGAUGACUCAGGAGCCAAUAAAGGCAACAAGUCAGCUAUGGGCUUGCCCACUGAUAUUAGUAACCCCAAUUACAUGAGCUACAAGGCCAACAGCGCAGGAGAUAAAGGCUGGAGUUACAGUAUGCCUCCCAGGGCAGGGUCCUCUGCUAAGGACGUGACCUCUGGCAAUAUCUCACCAAAAAAGAGCGGGUACGACCACUCCAUGCGCAGCCCCACUGGAAAAGUGUCUGACACAGUAACCGAAGAAGGUCAGCCCGCUGAAAUGUUUGACAACCCUCUCUACGGCUCAAUGAGCUCAGCCGGCAAACGGGGCAAAGACGCGGACUCCCUGAGAAAGGACCAUCUCACCGCGCUUGAGCAGCAUUUUGCCUUUCCCAAGACCUCAGACCAAGACAGUGAUCGCCCACCCGUACCCACCCCUCGCAACCGCUCCUACACCUGCUCCGAGACCAAACCCCACGUGUCCUCCCCCUCAGUCGCCAGUAGCAACAACCUACAGCCGCAGCCCAUCACUAAGAAGUGUGUGGUUCCCUCCCGGUCCGACGGGGGCAUGAUGGCGUCCAGUAGGCCUCCACUCCCGGUGAAGUCUCGCCCAGGGCAGGAAUCCCAGCCUCAGGUCAAACCUCGAGACUACAGAGACAGCUCUGAGCUCCCCAGUAAGACCCGACCACCCAGGCCUGGUCAACCACUUCCUAAAGACGGGCAUCAUGAAACAACACAGCCUUCCAAGAUGGGUCGUCCUUUAAAAUGACUUCUCUCCAGUGUUCCAUGGAAUAAAAGCCUUCUCUGCAUUGCUCAAGCUGGAAAUGUGACAAAAACCUAAGACUUUCAAACAAACCAAUCUAAAAGCAAAAGAUGGGUUGGUUGGUCUCUCUGUUAAACAUGACCAUUCACUCAUCUUUUUUUAAAAUGUUACCAAUUCUGUUGUUUCAUAAAACUGGCAAAUGUUUCCUUUGUGACAUAAAUGAACAGCCCAGUCAGUAUCUAUAAUCCAAAAUGCUCUUUUUUUCUGAUGAAUUUUUCUUCAGUCUUGAAAAAGACAGUGCUGACACUUAUAUCAGUUUGCUGAAACUCAAGCUACAGUUUUGCUUUCAAAAAUGCAUCCUGGUUAAAAAGUGUUUAACCAAAAUGGCAUAUUGUGUUCAACGUUUUUGA